UUUUGGGUCAGUGACAGUGUGUCAAUGGCCGCAGAUGCAUCGCAAAGGACGGCUCUGAGAUACCAGCAGACCCUGCCAUAUGGAGAGUACAGGGAGCACCCCGGUGGGUCCCAGAGGAGAGAGGCCACCCGCCUGCUAACAGAGAGACAGCGGAAAAAACAUGGACAUCACCACCACGGGCACUACUAUUACAGUCGCCAUGGGCGGAGUCACAGCCGAAGUCGCCAUCACAGUCGCCACCAUCUGGAUCCGGAGACAGAGGGUUCUCAAAACAGGCAGGAGCAAGAGCAGAGCCACACGUCAUCAUUCAAGAAACGACGCUCCUACUCCAAGUGCAGAGACUGUGUGGCUCGAGUACAGAAGUUCCUUGUCUCUAAGUUGGGAGAAGACUGGAUCUUUUUGGUGCUGUUGGGUAUUACCAUGGCAUUAGUAAGCUGGACCAUGGACUAUGCUAGUGCCAAAAGUCUGCAAGCCUAUAAGUGGUUUUAUGGGGAGUUGAAGGGAAACAUCCCACUGCAAUACCUGGUCUGGGUCUCCUAUCCCAUGGUGCUCAUCUUGUUUGCUUCCCUCUUCUGCCACCUGGUCGCUCCUCAGGCCAUUGGCUCUGGUAUUCCAGAGCUGAAAACCAUCCUCAGAGGAGUUGUGCUGAAGGAGUAUUUGACACUCAAGGCAUUUAUUGCCAAAGUGGUGGGACUCACUGCUGGCCUGGGCAGUGGAAUGCCAGUUGGCAAAGAGGGUCCCUUUGUCCAUAUAGCCAGUAUCUGUGCAGCUGUACUCAGCAAGUUUAUGUCUUUCUUCUCUGGAGUCUAUCAGAGCCCAUAUUGUUAUACAGACAUCCUCACAGUGGGUUGUGCAGUGGGGGUUGGAUGCUGCUUUGGAACCCCUCUUGGAGGUGUAUUGUUCAGCAUUGAAGUUACAUCAACAUAUUUUGCCGUGAGGAACUACUGGAGGGGCUACUUUGCUGCCACAUUCAGUGCUUUCAUAUUCAGAGUGCUGUCUGUGUUCAAUAAAGAUGCAGUCACCAUCACUGCUCUCUUUCGUACCAACUUCCGCAUGGAUUUUCCCUUUGACCUGCAGGAGCUCCCGGCGUUCGCCAUUAUUGGGAUUUCUUGUGGGUUUCUGGGAGCUUUCUUUGUUUACCUGAACCGCCAAGUCGUCCUCUUCAUGAGAAAACCCAAUAUUCUCACACGCUUUCUUAUGGAACACCGACUGAUUUUCCCUGCUGUUGUGACUCUACUGGUUACAACACUGACAUUCCCUCCAGGCUUCGGACAAUUCAUGGCUGGAGAGCUGAUGCCCAGAGAGUGCAUCAACUCUCUGUUUGAUAACUUCACCUGGACAAAGAUAUGGGGAUCCCCCCAUCCUCCUGGUCUGGGUCGCUCGGCUGUCUGGUUUCACCCUGAUGUCAGCAUCUUUGUCAUUCUUAUUCUCUUCUUCAUCAUGAAGUUCUGGAUGUCUGCGGUUUCUACCACGAUGCCCAUCCCGUCUGGAGCUUUCAUGCCUGUCUUUGUACUGGGUGCAGCAUUUGGUCGUUUAGUGGGUGAGAUUAUGGCUACUCUCUUUCCUCAUGGUAUCCUGUUUGAUGGAAUACUGUACCGCAUCAUCCCUGGAGGGUACGCUGUCAUUGGUGCAGCAGCACUGACUGGAGCGGUCACUCACACCGUUUCGACGGCAGUGAUCUGUUUUGAACUGACCGGUCAGAUCUCUCACAUCCUGCCCAUGAUGGUUGCCGUCAUCCUUGCCAACAUGGUCGCGCAGGGUCUACAACCUUCACUGUAUGAUUCCAUUAUCCAGGUCAAGAAACUGCCGUACCUACCCGAGCUGGGCUUUGGCCACAUAAGCCAGUAUAAUAUCUUUGUGGAGGACAUCAUGGUGAGGAAAGUAAAGUUUCUAUGUUCCCAGUCUACAUACAGAGAAGUACUCCAUUUAAUGGAUUCAACCUCGCUAAAAACCAUCCCGCUGGUGGACUCAAAAGAAUCGAUGAUUCUAUUAGGAAGCAUUGAAAGAUCUGAGCUUCUCGCCCUCUGUGAUUGGUGGCUGUCAGCAGAGAGGCGGAUCCUAAAUCAAGGACAGGGCUCACAAGGUCAGGUGCCUUGUGCAAAAGUCAGCUGGGAAUCCUUUGCCUUUGUUGAUGAGGAAGGAGAUGACAAUGAAGAAGACAAGACAAUGCCAGUUCAAGAGGAGAGAAACGGCCCUCUACCUCUGUCCAAACCGCCAGAAACCUCCACCAAUCACAUGUCGCCUGAUAAGGGUCCUUCGCAGUCUUUCGGGAAAAUUUUACGUAACUUCUUUACCUCCUCUUCGGAAAGACAUACAGAAGGUCAGCCCCAGGAGCCUUAUCCUCCACCUUUAACGGACACAAUGACACCAGAGGAGAUCAAAGCCUGGGAGGAGGCAGAGAUGGACAAGCAUGUGGAAAUCGAUCAGAUCAGAAUAGACCCCUCCCCCUUCCAGCUUGUUGAGAGAACAUCACUGCAUAAGACUCAUACCCUGUUCUCUUUGCUGGGCCUGAGUCAUGCCUAUGUAACCAAUACUGGCAAACUGGUGGGAGUUGUGGCGCUAAAAGAGCUCCAAAAAGCUAUUGAGGGCUCCACACGCAGUGGCGUACGCCUGCGCCCCCCUCUGGCCAGUUUUCGCGAUACCAUCCGUAAGUCUGCGAAGCCUCCACAGGCUUCCUCCCCUCCGUCCUCCCCCGGCUCCGUCACAGCCCCCUCUUCGCCUCUGUCCACCCCUGUGGUACCCCAUUCCCCGAGCCCAGCAGCCCCAGUGAAGGACAUGAAGGAGAUGGAGGUUUGGAUCGAAGGUGUGAAACGGGAGGUGAUUGUGGAGAACAGCAGUAUUACAACCUCAGGAAGCGGUAGCAGCUGCAUUGGUGGGACAGGAAGUAGUGACAGUGAUGGAGGAAGUUCAGAAAACAGCCCCACCCUGCCCCCCACCUCUCUUCCUCCAGUCCCUCUCUCCACCUUACAGUCGGUCCCCGAGAACAAAGAGAAUGAAGACAUCGAGGACGAGGAGCCCCUUUAGAACAAAGAAUAGUUUGGGCUGUAUUUUUGUGUGAUCAGUGUAUUUUUGUUAACUUUUUUAUAUAAUGAUUUCAUUUUUGUUUUUUUUCAUUUGCUUGUUUUUAAAGGUUUUAAAUUAUCUGUCCUUUUCCCUCUUAGUUUUUUUUUAAUUUCUGUUUCUCUUUCUAUCAAAUUCUUUAAAGCUAUAUAAUCUUACACUGAUGGUUGCACGUUCUGCCACAGGACAAUUAAACUGGAAAUAUCAGGGAGUUUUAAAGACCUGGGAAAGUCUGGAAAUUAAUGGCAUCAUAAAAGUCAUGGAAAUGUCUAUACUUAAUAUAAUGGGGUUUUUUGUUGAAGUUUUCACCUUAAUAUUGAUCGUGUGUAGAGUAAAACGUGCUUGCUUACUUUUUGUUCGAUUCCUUUCAAUCAAUUGGUCAAAACAGAUCACAAAUUGGUCUAAAUGAUUAAUUAACCAGUCAGUCUGAAUCAAAAUUAUUUUUACCAUUUCAUUUCCAGUAAUCACAAACGACUGCAGAAGUCAUGGAAAAGUCAUAGAAAUCAAUAAGAUCAUAGGAUCAUAAGAUCACAAAAUUGUUGUUUUCUUGGAAAUUUCUCCACAAUAUAACCACUUAAAAUAUUCCGGAUUCUUCUACAUUUUCCCGUUAUGUUCAGAAGUUUUUUUGUAACACAGACCCUAUGACUGUCCGUCACUUUUAAAGGAGUAGUUCCCCCAAAAAUGAAAUUUCUGUCAUUAUUUACUCAGCAUUAUGUCAAUCCAAACCCAGAUGACUUUAUAACACAAAAGAGAAAGUUUACCAGAAUGUCCAAACUGCCCUUUCCCACACAAUAAAAGCUUACAGUGACCAUGUGUUGUCUAACUUUAAAAAGUAUGUGUGACCGAUCACGAUGCGGCAAGUCUGAGCCUGCAAAAAUGCAAAUACAUUUUCAUUGUAGGGAGAACAAUUCCUUUAAAGUUUUCAGUGGCAUGUUCAGUCUACACUGAAAAAAAAUUGGAGUGAAGUUUAUUUUAAAAAACCUAGGAAACAAUUUCCACGCAAAAAUUGCUAGUAAAUUAAACAGGCCAUAAUUUCAAAGUAAAGGCUUUACUUAGAACUUCUCAAGUAGAGUUUACUUUGCAAUACAUUUAAAAGUGUACUAGCAUUUCAAUGUUUUUAAUACUCAAUCACAUACCACAUGACACACAGAAACCUUCCACAGGGAAGCUUAAUGCAUGCUUUGUAAUCUAUUAGACAAUAUCACCUUGUUUUAAUGGUGGUAGAAACAAAGCCCAGAGCUGUGCACGCAGACCUCAACACUUGGUGCAUAAAACACGAUAACGGUAACAAUCAACGGAUAAUUUUUUUGAUCAUGAACGGGUAAUAUUGAGUAGAAAAUGAACUUCAUACUUCACUAAACAAGAAGUUACCAAAUGUAACAACAAAAUCAACAAUAAAAUUGGUGUAAAUAAACUUUUUAAAGCUCAUUAAUUAUUCAAGCCCUGUGCACUUAAGUAAACUUUACCUAUUUUAACCUGUGAAAUUUACUUAAAUUAGCAAAUAAAUAUGACAAGGAUUUCUUCUUUAGGAUUCAUACAUGAUGACGCAUUGUAAACAUAACAAACAAUCAAAAUAAUAUUUACUAAUAAGCUAGAGCAUUCAUUUGUACAUUGCUGAAUUAAGUACAAAUGUACAAUUUACUUAAUAUUUUCAAAUUCACACUUUAACUUUUAUAUUAAAAAAAUACUUAAUCUUUUCUGCUAUAUUUACUUCACCACAAAAUAUAUUUUUUCAGUGUACAUUGCAUGUUCAAUUAACCAAAAAUGUAUGAAAAAAAACUGAAUCCCAUUCAUUUUUUUUUUUUUUUUUUUUUUUUCAGAGGCAAAACAUGUACACUAUAUCACUGGCAUAUAAAUUGCUGAAAAUGUUGAAUCAUGUUUACAUAUAAAAUGACAGACCUCACUCAUUCAUACAACUGGACAUUAGUGUUAUAUGUCGUGAAUCCUUUAUCAUGCCAUGUUCUGAAAUUGACAUUUAAUUCAAGAACUUUCUAAUAAUCUAUAUUCCCACUGUAUUCAAAAUUGUUGGACAAAAGUUGGCCAGCAGGUGGCACAUUGUGAACUUGACAUUUUCAGAAUUUGAGCAUAACCUCAUUUUCACCUGGAACAUAUUCCCUUUGCUGUCUCACCCUUGUGUCCUUUUUCAGUUAUCAUUUCAUGUGAUUAAAAUUCAGGGUGUGUGCACUGUCCUCUUAAUUUCUCCUUUUUCUUUCAAAUGUCUCUCUCAGGUCUCUCUCAUGUCUUUAAACCAAGGACUCUUAUGAACACAGUCUAUGUGGGGUUUUGUGAUCUGCUGUCUUCUUUUGAAUGUUUGUGUUAAUUUAAUGUGAUUAUGUGUCUGAUCAGUGAAACAUGACCAGUUACAUUUAUUGCCUC